CUGCUUCAUGGGACAGCCGACCGUUCGAAGCAGAUUGCUCUUCCUAGUCGUUCAUUACGCUCGAUCGAUUGAUCCUCUCCGCAUCCUUUUCUCGAGUACCCUACAGGUUACAGGGCUUUCAGAGGAAUGGGGAUCUUGCGCGGUGAAGCGGUCUUCUUAGCCAGAGUAUUCUAUCUCUUCUGUCCUCGGUGCUACCUGAGCGGCCUAACCUACUUCCUCUGUUUGGUGGUGGUUAUCUCGUUGUGCCGCAACCUGUCUGUUUUGCUCAGACUGCCGUUAGUGCAUCCCCCUGUUUAGUAGUUAGUGUGUGCUUGUUAUUAGACGUCGCGC